AUGACUUCUUCAGCUCUUUUCUCGCUUGCUCUGACAGCAUUCAUCGCCUUUCUGAGGCUGGUGAACGCAGAUUCCUCUCCAGCCUGCAAUCCUCUGAACGGCCCGUGCCCUGCGAUUCCUGGGUUGCCAAAUAGCGAGUAUUUUGUUGAUUUCACACAGCAAACCACGACACCUACUGACUGGAUUCUCGCCGACUAUGCUACAGUUGGCUACGGUUCUCCUAACGGUGCUAACUUUACCUUCGCAAAACGAUACGAUGCCCCGUAUAUCUGGACCCGCUUCUAUGUUCUCUUCGGCCGCAUCGAGGUAAUUGUCCAGGCCGCCCCUGGUGCUGGUAUCAUCACAAGUGCCGUCAUGAUGUCGGAUGACUUGGACGAGAUAGACUGGGAGUGGUCGGGAAACAACUUUGCCGGGUCCAGUGGUGCCGUGCAGACCAAUUAUUUUGGCAAAGGUCAGGUUGGAUAUUCUGACCGCGGCUCGCAACCUGCCGUGGACGAUCCUGAACACAAAUUCCAAACAUACACCUUGGAUUGGACACCGGAGAAAUUGGUUUGGUCGAUUGACGGCGUUGCCGUUAGGACGUUGAAAAACACUGGUGCCACGACUGGGUCAUACCAAUACCCCCAGACACCAUCCCGGCUGCACCUUGGCCUGUGGUGCUCGGGUGACCCAAGUACUGCUGCUGGUACUGUGCACUGGGGUGGAGGAUACACCAAUUUCAGCGCCGCGCCAUUCUCAGCCUACGUGAAGUCCGUCAAGAUUACGACGAGCAAUACUUGUUCAAGUUGGCAAUAUCCUAGCCCGUUCGAUGGCACUUGGCAGUCUGUGCAAUGCACCAACCAGACACUUGCACUCCCAUGUACUUAUACUGUCGCUGCUGGUGAUGACGGCUCUAAGAUUGCAAAGAAUUUGACAGUCAAUGUCGAUACCCUCAAGGCAGCAAAUCCGGGAGUCAACUGGGAUCAGUUGAUGGUGGGCCAAGUGCUCAAUGUACCGGGUGCCAAGCUCUUCAAGUACGCUGUCCUCGACAAGUUCAGCAGCAAGCACAACGGCUUCGACUCAGAUCUCCUCCGGGUCAACCUCCGCUGUCAAUGUGACCUCCACCUCAGCUUCAACCACAAUCACAUUGACUACCAGCGCAAGCUUCUCUUCUACUAUUUCGAUAACAUCUGGCGCAAGGAGCAGCACCACAACAUCGUCAGCUCCUUCUCAAGCAGUAAGCUCCUACACAGUGGUUGCCGGCGACUAUGGUUGGGCUAUUGCGAAUUCGCUGGGCUGCUCCUGGGAUGA